AUGCGGUGCGCAACGAACCUCACCUUCACUAAUAAAAAGGCAUCACAGACCCCAAAUGUUGGCAAGGAGGUGCUAACGAUCCCGAUAGGACCGGGAGCCCCCGAGCCAAAACUUAUCACUACAGAAAUUCGUUGCCAGGAGAAGUCCCGUGGAGGGCUGAGCUAUGAGGUCAUCCUGGCCGAGCCGGCACCCAAUGUAGCCGUUCCGAAGCGACCGGUCACCCCCGGCAAGAAUGUUAGCGUUGAAGAGAUUGACCAUAAACUAAAAGCGGCCGAAGAACGUCGGAUUUCUCUAGAAGCCAAGAAGAUGGCUGAUAUUUCAAACAAGCUGGCUAAAGUUGAAGAGGCCACUCGCAAAAAGGAUGAGAUCACCAAUGAGUUCAUAUCUCAGACAAAGGAGCAGCUGGAAUCAAAAAUGGAGCUGCAUGUGGAGAAACGAGAGGCCAUAAUCAGCGAUAUGAAAGAAAAGCUAAAGAUUCAUGCUCAGGAGAUCGAAAAGACGCGUGAAACUCUUGAACAGCAGAAGGCCAGUGAGCAGAAGGCAAUCGAAGAAAAAUUAAAAAUUGCCAAGUUCUUGCGCGACGAAAACAUCAAAAAAAUGUUGGAUCGUCUAAAGGAGCAUAACACAAUUAAAAUUGCCGAAAUCAAAUCCCAGAACGAUCAAUUGGAAUGUCAAAAGCUCGAGGAGAAAGCGCGCAUUUAUGAGAACAAAUUGUUUGCCGCCGAGCAAAACCGUGAAAAGGAAUUACAAAAAAAAAUUGAAAAAGUUCAAAAACUCGAGCGUCGUGCCGAGCUAGUGCGCCAGAACAAGGCUCAGGCCCAUUAUUUAGAUGGUCGGCAGAGCCCCAUUGCCUCAUCUGGCUAGAGAAGCUGACCAAGAAUCGAGAGCAGUGCUCACUCACUGCACACAAGGCGAUUAAGAAAACAACUGCACUACAUAAUACACCAACACAUCUUUAAGCUACAAACCCUUUAAGCUAAAUAAAAUUCUUUAAAAUGUUCAGGUACAAGCAAACGAAAAGGCAAGAGGAUAAUCUCAAUAUACCGCUGAGCGAAUUGAGCCGGAUAACAUCAAUACAGUUAUUUUCAAGCACUUCAACGGAACUCUAACACGGGAGAGCUAAGACAAGGCCUAACAAAUUUAUGCUUACGGCAAAUAAAUUCAAAAUAACUAGUAAUGGAAAUCUAACCUUAACCUAAAAAUCCGAGGCAGAAGAGCCUAAUAAAAUUGAAAGCUUGUCAUUUAAAACUAAUUUAAAGUAUAUUGAAAUUUUUUGUAUUUUGAAGUUUAGAACUUUUUACAUCGAUUUUAUAAAAGUGUAUUAAUUUUGGGUUCAAAAAUAUGUCAAUCUAAGUCUGUCUGUUUUUUAUUGUUAAUUAGCUGGGACUGGGAAUAAUAAUAAAACUCCUCAAGUUCAUCUUAGAAUGUCUUUCUCGGAACUAAUUUUACUAAUGAUUUUAUAAUUUUUUUAAUUCAUUAAAACAUUUCAGUUAGACUAUGAAGACUAUUCAGUUAUUACAUUAAAGAUGCAAUUCAAUAACAGCUACAAUUCAAUUAAAAUCCAAUACCAUGUAAGACACACGAUAUUAAGUAUGGUUUUAUUUAAAUACACAAACAUCUUAAAUCCAUAUAGACCUUAAUCAGGGGUGUCACGGAAACCGGUGACGGAUUUGGGGACGGUUGGUUUGGAAACCAACCCAUCAAAACCGUAGGUGUCACAGAAAUACAAGAAACUUCCUUUUUUUCGAAAAAACUACCGAAAAAUUACCAGGGCUGGAUACAUAUACACAAUAUCGAAUAUUGAAUAAUUAAUGAAUUUUAUUUAACUUACUUUGACCAUUUUCCAAUAAGUUUUAAACUUAAUUUAUGCUUUUUUUGCAAAAUUACAAAAAGAAUACUUGUUUGAAGCGUAUGUUGUACAAAAUAAAAGAAAAAAAAUGAAAAGAUUGAAUUACCCGCCAGGGUACAACUGCAACCAUGAACAGCUGCUUGCUUACACUUGCAAAUUGACACAAAGUUUAAAAGCAAACCAAAAUUACAUCUUUACGAAUUCUUGCUCUAGAGUACUUGCGAAGACAAAUACUUCGAGAGGCUAGGAUGCAGAAUAUGGCGCCUUGAGCUGCUGAGCUAUGUUUAUGGCAACGUUUACUAGUUUGAAUUAAUAAUAAACAAAAACUGUUUACUUUAACUUACAUGUUUUCUACUUCUUCAUAGGCGCCAUUUUAUCCGGCAAAAAAUAAAAAAUUGCAAAGGCGGGUUGUUUUUAUAAUUUUUCUCAAUAGCUACAACUCUUUUUAACAUGAAAUCUUUAUCAGAAAUAGAUUAUAUUUUUUACUACAACACUACCGUACUAUAAAAAAUUCGUUAACAACAUUUCGACAACUAAUCCGAAAUUGGGUAUUUUAAAGUUCGAGCAAAUUGGUACCACUGUCAGGCAGGACGGUUUUUACUUAGUUAACUUUUCAAGACGGUUUAUAAAAUGCUUAUUUUUAAAUAUAACCCGAAGUAAAUAUAAAAAUUGUAGUAUGCAGAGAGUUCAAAGAUCUCAUUAGUGUUGUCUUAUAUAAAGUUUUAUUCUUGGCAAGCAUUUGUUAGUCGGUUUAUUUUAUCAAAACGUCUGUCAAAAUACGGGGGACUUAGAAACCGUCAAAACAGUCUGUGACACGGACACUUGCUUUUCGUGGGAAAUUUUGAUGAAAAGGAUUUCUGUGACACCCCCGAAUAUAAAAGUAGAAAACUAUAUAUAUAAAAUUUCAUUCAUCAAUGAGUGAACAAUUUUGUGCGCAUGCUUGUUUUGUCUAAUGGUGUGUUUAGACUAACUGCUAGCAUCCUUGUCGAAUACUCAAAAAUCAUGCGAAGCGCUUACACUACAAAUACGGCUUUUUAACAUUCGAUAAAUGGUAAAAUAGAAUAAAAUAGAAAGGAUUGAUUUAAAUGUAAGUUUUCUAUAAAAUGAAACAUUCGACUUCGUAGAAAAAUCCGCAUUUCUAGUGUAACGCCCCGCAUGAUUUUUGAAUGUUCGACAAAGAUACUAGUACUCUAAAUAUGGGGGCUAGAAUGGAAGCUAUAUUAAAAAAAGAAUUAAUGGCAAUCCAAAUAAAACUUUUUUCCAAAAUCUGCAGGUUUUUAUUUUUAUUUUGCACCAAAGAAGGCUUAAAUGAAUAGCUUAAAUUAAAAUCUUAUACAGCUAUAUAUGUGUAAUACUUGUGUAACACUAUUGCUUCUAUAAAUAAAUAACAGUGACAUAAAUCUGAUAUUAAGAAGUGCAUUGGCAAAACAACUACUACACGCAUAUGGAAUCUAUCAAACAUACCAAGAAAAGUGAACAAAAAAAUUAACAAAAAGCAUCAGUAAAAUUGAGAAAAAUGCUUUCACAAUUACUUUAUUUAUGUAUGUCUAACCAAACGCAAUAUUCAGAAGAAAACACAAUAAAGUAUCGUUCAAAUUUUUGAAAUAUUCUGAACUUAUGCCUGAAACACGAUAGCAUAGAAAACAAUUUUUCUAGGUACACGCUUAAAUUAAGUUCAUAUAAGCCACAAAUUACUGACCACAUGCCAGCAAAAAUACUUAUUACAAUUGUAUAAUAAAAGUGAAUAAAGCAAAUAAAUAAAAUA